UGACAGAUGUGCAUGGGGGUGUUCUAGUAACUUCAGGAACACAUAAUAAUUUCAUAGUACAGUUACUGAUAAAUAUAUCACUAUUUUCCGGUGACAACAAAUCGGUGAGACACCUCUUUCUCUCUGCGUCCAAUUCGUGUCUCCCUUCCUUCUCUCUUCGCCUGAUCUAUUAAUCCCCACUUUCAAUUCGCCUACGAGGAGCAUCUGCGUGCGAGCAGCGAAAGGUCAAAGAAGCAGCCCACAAUGAUGUCCUUCGAGAUGAAUGACCGGAAAAAAAUUGGGUUAGGGCUGACAGCAUUUGGCGUUUUCUUCUCCUUUUUGGGAAUCAUGUUUGUCUUUGAUAAGGGCUUGCUUGCCAUGGGUAAUAUUCUUUUCAUCUCUGGGGUUAGUCUUACCAUUGGUCUCAAGUCUACCAUGCAGUUUUUCACCAAGCGUCAGAACUAUAAGGGAACCAUAUCCUUUGGGUCCGGCUUCUUCUUUGUUCUCCUUGGAUGGCCUAUCUUUGGAAUGAUGUUGGAGACCUAUGGCUUUUUUGUUCUCUUCAGCGGCUUCUGGCCAACCUUGGCAGUUUUCGUUCAAAAGAUACCUGUUCUCGGUUGGAUCAUUCAGCUACCUUACAUUCGAUCCUUCUUUGACAAGUACCGGGGCAAGCGUGUACCCGUCUAGUCAACUCUAGAGAGAGAUCAAGCGAUUAAAGUGUUUGCAAGAAAGAAGAGGUUUGGAUGGUAAUGCUUGUAGAGAAGUAAAACCCAUAGUAGGAGAAAGAAAAAUACUAGCGUGGAGCAGCAAAAGAUACGACUUGAAGACAUGUGUGUUUCUGUCUGUGUACUUAAAAAAGAUUAACUCAGUGACUUGAACAACCUCUUUGUGGGUUUGUAAUCAUUUUGUUUUAAGAGUUUUUUAGGGGUUCUUUUUUUCUUUCUGAAAUUGUUUCACCAUUUGUUUUCUUUUUUUUUUUGAAUACAUUACAAAAUUGUCCACCA